GAAUAAUAACUCAUUAUGUCUUUAUGCAGUUCAAAAUGAGCGUGGAGAUCGAGAGGAAAUUUGUGUGUAAUCCAGACAUCCAGGAGUUAUUGACAGCUAUUGGAGCUGUCUGCACUGGUGCGCGCAAAUUUCGGGACCAGUAUUUUGACACCCGGGACCUAGACCUUACACUGAAGGAUUUCUGGCUGCGACGUCGAGAGGGAACCUGGGAACUAAAAUGUCCCACAACGAGGGGUGCGUCGGGAACCGACGAGAAGAUUGGAGCGCGGCCUCUGUGUACUCAUUAUAGAGAGAUAACUAACUUAUCACAGAUCCAAUAUGAGAUCAGAGAGAUAAUGAGUAAGAACAGGACAACAAAAAGAAAUGCGUCUGAGUCCUGUUGUCAAGGAGAGCUCAAGAUCGGUGAAACCGAAGGCUCCAGAGACGGCGCUUCAGGCGAUGAUGAGUGGCUAAAGAAUCUGAGUUUACAAUGCUUUGCUGACUUCACCACUGCACGGUGCUCGUACCUACUCGAGGUUGAGGGAGAGCAAGGUGGAGUGAGGAUAGAUCUUGACCAGGCUGAUUUUGGCUACUGUGUGGGAGAGAUAGAAGUUCUAGUCCCUGAUGGAGGUGACACACAGUCUGCGCUACAAAGGAUCAGUGCAACUGCUGAAAAACUGGGCCUCCGUGAUGAAAAACGAGUGGAAGGGAAAAUGCAUGUCUAUCUGCAGAGAUACCGUCCAGAUCACUACAGACAACUCCUCAGUACGCACAUAUUAUGACUGAAGAUAAUUAAUGAAGCUGCUGUCUACACACAUAUUAAUUAUUUAUUUGGAAAUAUUGAUCCUUGGGUUUUAAAGACUGUACAGUUACCAUAUAAACCUAUGAUAACAAUGUAAUUGCAGUGUCAUAAUUAUUGACAUAAUGAUAAAAAACCAUGGAUUAAUGUUUACUAUCUUUUAUUAAAAAAAAAAAAAAACGGGAACAGAUGUAUUUCACAUUUUAGCAUUAUGUUGCAACAUUUAAUUUCACCGGUGGUCUCAUGUACACAAUGAUGUGUAGUGUACAUAAUGUUAAUGUAAUGUCCUGAGUCUCUUGUUAAUCAAAUGUUAAGGAGGAU